AUGGAUGAACGGGAGCGGGACAUGAAAAUUGGUUGUGAGUUGCUUAAGUGCCCAUUAAUCAAUUGUAGCAAUAAAAUGAAUUUGACACAAAAAAAGAAACUUUCAGCAUUAUUGCAAACUUAUUCUAGAAUUAAUGAACUUCUUAACCGCUACGAUGAUUUAUCGAGUUAUCUUCUUCAGGAAACAACUUUGAAUAAAUAA